CAUCAGCUGCCUGCGCGACGAGGCACGUACGAAGUUCAACCAACUCACUCACGACUACUCACGAGUUUCACUUUGACUUUGACUCCUUGGCCGAGCCUUGCUGCGCUUCUGCCAUUCCCAGUCAUUCCUCCCCCGCCAGCUCAAGUUUCUCAUCGACUUUCAUCACCUCGUCAGCCCAUUCGGAGUGCGAGACAGGGCGGUCACAAUUCAAGAUGGCUUCACUCAGCGGCAACCUGGGCCAGCUUGCCGCUCUCUUUUCUCAGACGCUGAAUCCCUCCACCCGGCGAGAAGCAGAGCAGAAUCUGACGGAUCUCGAGUCGAAUAGGGAUGCCAACCUUCCAGCUUUGCUGCUGGACUUGAUUGCCAGUCCAGGUGCAACGCCUCCAGUGCGUCUAGCAGCAGCCGUCAAGUUGAAGAACAUCUGCAGAAGAGCUUGGGCAGAGGAGGACGACGCAGAUCUAGCGGAGCCGGAGUUGGUGCAGGGAGAAGCUAGGGAAGCCUUGAAAACUAGACUGGUCCCUUUGCUGGGUCAGCUGAGCAGCGAUGUCAAUGUGGCCAAUGCACCAGGGGUGGCAAGCUUGAGGAUACAGCUUUCGGAGUGCGUCGCUCUGAUUGCUGCCAGGGACUUUCCACAACAGUGGCCCGCUCUGCUCGACGAGCUGGUAGGCGGGCUCACUCUUCAGCCAGACUCGACAGCACUGGCUGCAGUACUCCAGACCUGCCACAGCAUCUUUCGCAGGUGGAGAGCCGCUUUCAGAUCAAACGUCUUGUACGAAGACAUCAACCUCGUGCUUGCCAAGUUUGCCAAACCUUAUUUGGACCUGCUCCAGCGGACAGAUGCUGCGCUCCAAAGCGCGACAGCCGGUUCCGCUGCGACAUUGGGAUUCACACUGGUGCUCGUGUUGCAAAUCUACCACGAUCUAUCAGCUCAGGAUCUUCCACCGGACUUUGAAGAAAACAUCUCUUCUAUUCUCCCUCUGCUUUUGCGGUACCUGCAUCCAACAUCGGUCGAUUCGGGUCUGUACGUGACCAAUCAAGCGCUCGCAGCGCCGCUCGAAGGGGACCCGGAUGAUGCUUCGCCCGCGCCGGGACAAAAGGCCAGAGCGGAGAUCUGCGCCAUCGCAGAACUGUAUGCGCAAAGAUAUCUGGACGUAUUCGAGACCUUCGUUCCCCAGUAUGUCAAAGCUGUUUGGGAAAUGCUUGGCCAGGCUGGAAGAGGCGAGAAAUCCGAUUUGCUUGUGACGAGAGCGAUCUCCUUCCUAUCGACAGUAGUGCGAAUGCCAUCCCAACGAGCGACUUUCGAGGCAGAGGCCACGUUGGAGGCUUUCAUUCAGGCCAUCAUUUUGCCCAACAUUAGCUUGAGAGAGCAGGACGAGGAGAUGUUUGAGGAUGAGCCCAUCGAGUGGGUGAGGAGGGAAUUCGCGACCGUCGGGAUCGAAGGUGGAGACAAUGACACCAGGCGUAAGAGCGCCACGACCUUUACCAAGGCCCUUCUGGAAGUGUUCCCACAGCAGAUUACUGCGAUCAUCUUGCGGUACAUCAACCAGUAUCUGCAAGAGUACGCCGCAGCUCCUCAAGAGAAAUGGAGGGGAAAGGACACGGCUGUGUACCUCUUGAGCAGCAUUGCGAGCACAGGUGGAACAAGCCAAGGUGCCUCGUCGAUGAAUGCGCUCGUGAAUGUGGUUCAAUGGUUCAGCGACAAUGUCUUCGGCGACUUGCAAGCCGAUUCGGACUCAGUGCAUCCCAUCUUGCAAGUGGACGCCAUCAAGUAUCUGCACACGUUCAGACAACAAUUGACCAAGGAGCAGCUAUUGUCGGUGCUUCCUUUGCUCGUGAGGCAUCUCGAGUCUCAAAAUUACGUCACAUGCUCUUAUGCGGCCAUCACCAUCGAAAGGGUGUUGUUCCUCAAGCAACAAUCUGGGCCAGAGACCGGCAAGCUGCUGUUCUCAUCGGAAGAUGUGCAGCCAUUUGCUGAGAGCAUCUUAAUGGCGCUGUACAGGAACAUCUUGGGCGCGACCACCCCCGAGAAGAUGGCGGAAAACGACUACCUUAUGAAGUGCGUCAUGAGAGUGAUUUUGACAUGCAGGGAAAGGCUCGCACCCUUCUAUCAGCCAAUCCUGGAAUCUCUCAACAGCAUCUUGACUGAGAUUAGCAAAAACCCGAGCAACCCCAAAUUCAGCCAAUACACUUUUGAGAGCAUCGCCGCCCUCAUCAGGUAUGUCGCUGCUGCAGAUUCCAACAGUAUCGCCACCUUCGAAUCUACCCUGAGCCGACCCUUCUCGACGAUCUUGCAAGGCGAUGUCGCCGAAUUUGCACCGUACGUCUUUCAAAUUCUAGCGCAGAUGCUCGAGCUGCACAAGUCGACGGAUGGGUCACUACCCGAAAUCUAUACCGGACUGCUGCCUUCUCUACUGACGCCCACCCUGUGGGCGUCCAGAGGCAAUGUCCCUGCCUUAGUCCGCUUGCUUCAGGCAUACCUUGAUCGGGGAUCAGCACAAAUCGUCGCGGAAGGCCGAGUUGGAGCGAUGCUGGGCAUUUAUCAACAGCUCAUCGCCAGCAAGAUCAAUGACGAGCAUGGCUUCGCCCUCCUGAAUAGCCUGUUCGAAAAUUUGCAAAAGGAACAGAUGAACCAGUACAGAGCUGCUGUGCUCACCCUCAUGCUCAACAGACUUCAAACGAACAAGACGGAAAAGUUUAGCAGAGUAUUUGUGGAGUUCUUGGCCCGGUGGGCUUGCGUGCAGCAGGAUGGCUAUCCUUCUUACGUUAUCCAGUCCUUCGAUGCUGUGCAGCCCGGUCUUUUCCCUCAGAUCGUUGACGGCAUCGUGGUUGGCGAAUUGGCCAAAAUCCCGCAGCGCACCAAGCGCUUGGUGGCCGUGGGCUUCUCGAGGCUUUUGACGGAAAGCGCGGAGUUCCUUCACUCUCCUAAUGCCAAUGCCUGGCCGAACCUUUUGAGUGGUAUCCUUCGGGUUUUGCAAGACAGAUCCAUUGCUUCUACGGGAGACAGCAGCAGCGCAGCAGCAGCAGAAGAGAUCUUUGCGCAAGAUUGGGAAGAGACGGGCUUUCAAGCUAGCUUUAGCGUCAUCGUUUCGAGCGCCCCACCCAAUAGGGAUUGGACUUCCUUUGCGAAUGCGGAGCCGGUCGAGUAUCUAUCUAGAGGUAUUGCGAUCGCUUCGAAGGCUGUUCCAGGCGUGGUCCCGCAGCUCUUGUCGAGAACCAACGCCGAGCUUAGACAGCCUCUGGAAGCUUACAUCGCCCAGUCUGGUCUGUCCGUCUCUUGAUAGUCAGGGCAUUGCGACGGCAGAGAUGCGUCGCUG